AUGAGUCACUCUUCUACUUCUCGUACGUCUCAAAUCACGUCUACCACUAGGGAAGUUGGCAGAGGUGUUCCGAUUAAGUGCUGGUGUGGUGACGAGAUUACUACAUUCACUUCGACGACAGAUGAGAAUCCUUAUCGGAGAUUCUACAGAUGCGUUGCUGGCCUGAAGGAUAAAAAAAAGAAACACCUGUUCCGCUGGGUUGAUGAUGCUCAUCUAGAGGAAAUUAGAAUGGUUGAAAACAAACUCUUGGGAGAUGUCAAUGAUCUAAGGAAAAUGGUGAUGGAAAAUUUAGAGGUCCAAAGGAAGAUGGGGAAGGAGAUAGAACAAGAUAUGAAGAAGAAGGUCAAUGAGAUCGUUGAGCAAGAGCUAAAAGUAGCAAAAGAGCAAAUGGAGGAGGCGAGGAUGAAGACAGUUUGUCUACUCGUGGUUGUAUCAAUUUCAGUGGGAUGGCUUUGCGGAAAGGUCCUGUAA